AGAGGAAAAAUUUUCAAAAUGGCCAACUUUUGCGGAGCCGUGAUCCGAACGCGAGUGCUUGUCGCGCGUAUUGUUGCGUAAAAACGGUUCGAUUUUAAUCCGGAAAACGGUUCCGGACCUGGUGCCGAGUGUCGCGAACCCGAUCGACUUCCGGAGGAACAGCGUGACGCGAGUGCGGGGACGCUACGAGCACCGGAAGCUACCGCGGUCAGGAAAAUCAGCGUUUUUCCUUCGUUUUUUCAGUUUUUUUUCUUGUGGUCCACUCUUCUUGUCCUCUCUGUCCUUGUCCAUCUUUCAUCCGUGAUGUGUGAAUGGAGUGUAUGGGGUGAAAAGAAAAAAUAAAAAGAGGCAGACCGAGCCGUGCCAAGAGAUCAAAGGAAGCGCUGGAGUAGUGAGAAUUUCGUUUGUAAAUCCAAAAACGGCACAGGAAAAAGAUGUCAGUGUUGUGUCCGGGAAAAUUAGCAGUUCCGGUCAACGUUCUAUGAGAUGAGAUUUUCAUGAGCCGGAAGCAGCCAGGAAACGAUCGAUUAGCUGGAAUCGCCCUCCCUCGGUGAUUUAGUUGAUCCGGAAAGCAAGCAGUGUUUGGGGCUCGCGGGGAAUCGAUAGUGGGCAAGGAUCGUAAUCAUCAGCUGCGUGAAAAAGUUAGCUAAAGUGUGACGUGUGAGUUUUUCAAUUUCCUCGCUUCUUUAAGCAAAACCCGGGUGUUAAACCAGUGAAGACCACAGCAACGUCAACAAUCAUCAAAAACAAACACCACUCGUCAAUUGACCAACUUGUUGUUCGUUGGGUCCCGGUAUCGUGACAAGGUUGUCAUUCCGUUUGAAGUUGAUCCGAAUAUGAAUAAAACAAUUUGAAACCCUCAAGGGGUCGGAAAACAACAGCUUUGACAAGCGAGCGAGUAACCAACCCAUGAAGGGAAACAAACGCAUCAGGGAAAUGCCCUAGAGGAAAUUAAGUGAGGAGCCUAAGACGGGAAUAUAUUCCGGAACAGCUUAAGAAGCAGCAAGUUGAGUGAAAUAACAUUAAACUGAGAUUGUUGUAAGUAGUGCAUACCGACUGGAGGGAACCAUUUAGGGUCGGAAAUUGUUGGUUUGUGUCCAGCGAAUUCUCCGAGGUAAUAAUACAUUAGCAAUUUUCUGGGUGUGUAACUUCGGAGUGUUAGCUCCCAUGUGCGAUAAAGGGUCCCCAAAUGUGCCGGGGAGGUCAGGUAGCAAUUAGUACAAACAAAACAAACGGCAGCUGAAGAAAUACGGGGGCUAAAUGUGCUGCUAUCGGUAAAUUGGCAAAUCUAGCAAAAGGUAAAAUAAACACCGAGAAACAACGGAAGAAAAGUAAUCGCAACUUUGUGCAACAACUGCAGCAGCAAAGGUAGAGAAUAAUAGUAAUCGUCUCAGCGCUGCAGAGUUACAGCGUUCCAUCCCAGAGGGGCGUGCUGUGAUGUUUUUGUGAGCAACCAUCGGCCUCUCUCGGUGUAGUUUAAGUGGAAAAAGUGAUAAAUUAGUUGAAGCUGGGGCAGCAAUAAAGCGACUAAUAAAGAUUACCCUGGAGGCGAACUUCGUCGGAGAUAGUGAUGCUUGUUUGAAGAACAACUCUACCGCCGACAAACCUUCCCAGGAUUUCUAGAACCCUACCGAUCCUCCUUCCUUGUAUCCCUCGACCGGAAGUUCUCCAAAAAAACCUUCACCCUGGCUACCCGAUCGGUCAUCGGUCAGCAUCGGCGACCUUCACCAGUAUCUGCUCGGGGGACCAUUCCAAGGUGGAUCAACGGAAGCAGCGGAAGUGGCGGGCUCGGACAGCAGCCGGCGGGGCUUACCAGUUCGAUCGUGAGGGGCUGCUAAUAUGGCCACACCGCCAACCGAGGGAGAAAUUAGAGUGGGUCCCGGCCAUCAGGUAACCGAUAUCUAUGCAGAACUACCAGACUACCAACCAAUCGAAAACUACCGCUCCGAGGACGAUGAAGAUCGCGACCUAGAGGAUCCGAGAUGGACCCCCGGCAUCUACAUUGACAACGAUCUGUUGAUGUACCUGACAGCCGCCCGCUCGAUCUCCGCAUUUCAGGGCAUGUGCGAGGAGGAUGGUUGCAUGGCAGCUAGUCGCGACGAUACUACGAUAAAUGCAUUUGAUGUUUUACACGAUUCCGGUUACGACGCCGGAAAAGCCCUAGAAGCGUUGUUGAAGUGCCCAGUUACCAAGGGCAUCGAUAAAAAGUGGACCGAGGAAGAAACGAAACGCUUCAUCAAGGGUCUGCGCCAAUUUGGGAAAAACUUUUUUCGUAUUCAUAAGGAUCUUUUACCACAUAGGACCACGCCCGAACUUGUGGAAUUCUACUACCUGUGGAAGAAAACACCGGGUGCCAACAACAACCGGCCACAUCGGCGACGCCGGGCCGGUUCUCUACGAAGGCGCAACACGCGCACCAACAGUAAUGCGAGUGGAACCAACACACCGCCCAACAGUAACAAGAAGGAAGCAACUCCGGAACCGACCGUAACGGAAUCAUCCCGACCGUCGCCAGUUUCCAAGGAGGAAAACAGUUCCGUAACGGAAGACGACAUCAGCGAGUGUGAUAGCGACUCCAGUGCCACCAAGGCCAUCAAGGAGAACGCAGCAGCAGCGGCUGCAGCUGGCACUGGAGCUACACCGGCUUCAGCAGCAGCAGCAGCUAUAGGGCAGCAGAGUGAGACCGGUGAGGACUCACCGUCGAGGAUGAGAACUCGUCAGAAGCCUACGGCGAAGGAGCAGCAACAACAGCAACAGCAAGCCAACGCCAACAGUACCGUGACCAACAACAACACCGGAAAGCGGCCCAAACGCGGGGGAACCGAAACGCCAGAAACGACACCAGUGGACAGUCCCAAGACACCGAACAAGAAAGACGAGACGACCGUCAAGGGUCAGAAAGGAAAAGGCAAAACGGAGACUCCAAGCAAGGGUAAGAAGCGGGUCAAUGACUUGGAUCCGGAUGGGGCAGAGGACAAGGAUAGCCAGAAGCGGAAACGAUCGGAUAGUCCUACGGAGAGUAUUACCACGGACAGCCGACCGGGUUCCGUACUGGAUGAAGCGGAAUCGAACAGUGAGGCAGCCACAGAGGUUAGCAUCAAUGUCAGUGCAACAGCCACUACUCCGACGGCUCCGUCGGCUAAGGAGGAAGAGAAAGAUCCUCUGUCCCUUGGACCAGCUGCGGAACCGAUGACAACGGAUUCUCCUGAAAACAGCAAUCCCGCAACAUCCGUGACAAAAACCGAGGACGAAAAGGAUGAAGAUGGAACUGCGGCAGCGGCUCCCAUUUCCGUUACAGCAGCCUUACCAACAGCUGCGGAUGCUGCUAAGUUACCGGAAACUGAGGAUAUUACACCACCUUCUACAGCAACGCCUACCCCUGUUGCUACUCCGGUUCCUGCGCCAGUUCCAACGCCCGAAGAAGCCAUGACCUCUCUCCCCGCUUCAGUUCCCGAAGAAUCAUCCGAAAAAGUUGGAGAAUCUUCUCCAGUCGGGCAGAUUAUGACUCCAGAAUCAAUGGCGGUACCCAAUGUUACUGGUGCACCACCACCGGUUCCAGGACAAGCUCCGAAUGAACAAGAGAUGCUCUCUAAACUCGCCAAUAUGAAGCAGGAACAUAGUCUCCAAAGCGCCCUUUCUUCCGAAUUCAACACAAAAGAUGUGUUCAUCAAGAAGGAACCGACCGAAGAACUGCCCGAAACUCAGCCACCACCGAAUGAUCAACCUCAAGAUCUCAAACUUAAAAUUGAAAUCAAAUCAGAGGCCAAACUUAUGCGUGAGUCAAGCACACCUGGUGAUAGUGCUCCGGAGAACAAAUAUGAUCCAGAGAAUUUGGCAAUGAAACCAGCCUACGAAAGCCAUAUCAAAUAUGGACCAGUUGAGGAUGGCAUGAAAUACGGUGAUUUGAAAUAUCCACCACAGGCUCCGGAAGGGCCAAUGAAGUAUGGAUCAGAGGAAAGCCCAAUGGAGUACGAUAUGAAACGGUUUAUGGAGCCUGGUAAAUUUCCUCCCCAGGAUGGAGCUUUGUCUAUGAAAAUUGGUCCAGCUUCGACGCAUUCGAGUUCUGGUCCAGUUGGUCCUCCCGAAAGUCAACUACCUAAAGGGUAUCCUCAUGAUUUGACUGGACUAAGCAUGAAGUAUCCGCCGGCAGAUGAACGUGCAAAAUUUGCACCUUCGCCAGCAUCGGACAGUGGAAGUACUGGAACGCCUGGCGGUUUACCUCUUAUUCCAAAGAGUCACUAUCCUGAUCAGUUAGCUAUGCUGCGGCAACAGUACGAUCCAAGCGGAAUGAUGAAAUUCGAUCCGAUGGGUAAAUAUCAAGGGCCCAUGCCACCAUAUGGUUCGCACGGAGGACCACCACCUGGUCAUCCACAAAGUCUUUCUGGAGCACCAGGACAUACUCCAAGUUCCCAACAGCAGCAGCAGCAACCGCAGGAUUUGAAAUACCUUCCCCCGGAUUCUAUGUCAGGUAUGAAGAGCAGUUUCUCAGCAGACAAUCUAAUGAAAAGUUCAACCUAUUCGCCACAUGCUGAUCAAAACCCGUUGGAUGUUUCAGCCUCUUCAAGGUUAGCUAUUACUCCAAAUCAGGACAGCCAAGGAAGUAACAGCAAUAACAGUGGUUCGCAACCGCAAAUGCAUGGGAACAUUGCAUCACCACAAGCCGGACCACCAAGUUUACCUCCAUCGGGCUAUCCAGGUCACCCGGGCAUUGUGAAUCCAGGACUUAUGCCGAGCAAUCAUCCUUCGGUUCUCGGGUCGAAUUCAUCACCAGUGCCGAUUUCUCAACCCAGUCACCUGCCGCCAACUUCUCAAGCUGGACCAGGAGGACCACAUCAACAACCGGGAGGACCGCCACCUACGCAUCCCGGUCAUCCAUCACAACCACCAACUUCGACAGCAUCUCAACAACCACCUCAUAUGUUACCAAAUACCAGUCUACCAUCGCAUAUGCCAAGCAGUCCUUAUUUAUCUUCCCACCGCCAGCCACCAAUGUCGUUAGAAAGCUCACGUCAUCAACCGAGUACGCCAACAUCCAGUACAGCUUCAACACCAACACCCAGUGCUCCAAGUACGAGUUCGCAAUCUCCCGCACCAAUGCGACCUUCAGACCCACCACAUCCGCGAGAUCUUCCUCCAACGAGAGCGUCUCCUAUCAAUUCAUUAUUACAGGGAGUUCCGCCACCUCAUGGAAUGCUUUCGCAUCCGCUGCCGCUUCAUCUGGGUCAUCCGGGUAUGCAAUUACCACCUCAUCAUCCGGCACACCUUGCCGGACACCUUGGGCACGCCGGCCUUCUGCAGCAUUCAUUGGGAGGUCCAGGGGGUGCACUGCCACUUCUUGGAGGGCCCACACCAUCAGCGUUGGGUAGUCUGAUGGAAGUUGCUGGUGCAGGACGGAGAUCUCCAUCGGUUCAAAGCAAUCCUUCUUCUCAUCAUCCUCCGACAUCAGUCCACCAACCGAGUCCACUGGCAGCAUCUCCCUCCACAGCAAAUGCUCCAUCCAGUCUCAGUCGUUCCAGCCCAAGUGUACAACAACCCGGUGGUCCUGGAUUCCCGCAAUCCCAUCAUCAUCGAUCUAGUUCACCUGCCAAUUCGAGCAGUUCCAGUCUUAGUCGAACGAGUCCGAUGCAUCUCGGCCACCAUCAACCGGGAUCAUCAGCAGCGGCAGCAGCAGCGGCAGCUUCAGCUGAACGGGAUCGUCACUUAAUGCGUCAACAAUCACCCCACAUGACUCCUCCACCACCAUCUUCAUCAGCAUCGUCUUCCUCGCUGAUAUCUAGCCCACUGGGUAAGGUCUACGGUUCGGGGCAGCGAUCACCACCGCCAAAUCAUCCAUUCCGACCAGGAGCAUCACCGCCAGUUAUUCGACAUCCUCAAAUGCCACUGCCUCUUCCUAUGACUGGACCAAUCGCGGGACUUCCUGGCUCGGUGAUGCAUCCAUCCCAACCGUACCCUCUGGUGCAUCCAUCGCUGUACAAUCCUCACGCCCACAAUCCUUUCUUUGCACCAUAUCCAUAUGGUCCAGCUUACGGACCUGGGUUCUCGUACAUGAAACCGACCGGAUCUCCACUAGAUAAUCCAAUGUUGCAUGGACAUCCGACAAGCAUUCCUCCACCGCGCCCAGAGGAUAGCCCAAUCCACGGGAAUGCAGGUGAUAAGAAUAAGAACAACACAAAACCUCCUCAAAGUUCAUCAUCAUCAAAUUCCUCGCUGUCUGGAUCGAGCUCCAAACCGCCCGGUUCAUCAGGGGGACCAAACAGCAAUAGUAGUAGCCAAAGUAAUAGAGGUCCCUCUCCUGGUGGGCCAUCUCCAAGCGGUGCUGGUCAGCCGGGUGGCCCACAUAGUGGGAGUCCGUUUCAGGGCCCACCACACCACCCUUCGCCGUAUCCUCCCGGACCGCACAAUCCUUUCAUCGAAAACCAACUGCAGGUUGGUGGUAAGACGAGUCACAUGGACGCGCUUCGGGCGCAUGCCCAUGCAGCUGCCGGUGGCGUUGGCCUAGGACCACCUCCAGGUCAUCCGGGCCAUCAUCCAGGCCAUGGACCCCCGCACGGACAUCACGGACCACCCGGUCAUCACCCGCAUCCCAACGAACCGGUGCAUAUCGAAACGCUCGAUAUCGAUCCGGAUCCGGAACCGCCAUCUCCGGUGCACGACGUCAAUCGAGGACCCAGUCCGGAGGCGAAACCAGACGAUACCGAGUGCCAUCGAUCGCAGUCCGCUAUUUUUGUUCGUCGAUGCGAUCGUGGUGAUUAUAAUUCCUGCUCCCGGACGGAUCUUGAGUUCAAACCGACACCGGAUUCCAAGCUCGCUAGAAAGCGGGAAGAACGUGAUCGGAAGCUGGCCGAAAAGGAACGAGAACGGAAAGCUCAACAAGCCCAGCAGCAGCAACAGCAAGCGGCCCAAGCCCAGCAACAGCAGGCCGCGGCAGCAGCAGCUCAGGCAGUACAACAACACGGCAAACCUCCCGGUGGGCCCGGUGGACUCGGUGGUCCGCCUAUGGGUCAUCCGAGCCAUCCUUCACAACAGCAACCUCCAAUGAAGCCGGAUAUCAAACCGUACCCGGACACGCCCGCUUUACGGCAGCUCUCGGAAUAUGCCCGGCCUCACGUUGGAUUCAGUCCUGUGGAAACGAUGGUCCCACCACCAUAUCAUCCACUUUACAAUAGAGAAAGGGACGUCUUUUUUAGGGAGUUUGACGAGUUGAAGAACCAGCAGGGCGUUGGGCCGGCCAGGCUCGAACCACACUGGAUGGAGUACUACCGGAUGAGAGGAAUGCACCCGUCACAGUUUCCUGCCCUCUACGGAAAUCCUGCAGCCCUAGCCCAGCUCGAAAGGGAACGAUUAGGAUGGACGUUACAUCCUUUAGAUGCUGCCGAGCACAUGUUUCGCCUGCCGGUUGCUGGUGGUGACAACAUUCACGCCCAUUCCCAUACGCAUUUGCAUUUGCACUCUCUGCAGCAGCAACAGCUUGAUGCGGCCUCAGCUGGGGUUGGAACCGCUUUUCAAUUACCACCCAAUGUACCUCCCUACCCGCGACCGAACAUGCUGAUGCCCCGAGAUCCGCACUCCGAGGUCCUGCUACGGAUGUCCUACGAUCCGCUACAGGCUGAAUUCCACCGCCAGAAUGCAUUCGAUCGUGUCCAAACACUGCACGAGCAAUAUCUUAGAGAACACGAGAGAGAAUUGAAAAUCAGGGCACUGGAAGAGACAACCCGUGGCGGUAAAUAUUGAACUAAAUGAGAGAACAGAAACAGGAAAACGGAAAGAGACUAAACACGUUUGACAACAGGCCAAAAAGCAGAAUUAGCGAAUUUCAGUGAGAAAUAAGAUCGUGGGGGGCAAAAUUCCAACAGAAAGAAGUGUAGGAGAUUCCGCGAGUUUUUACGUGUAAAAGUUUUGGGUGGCUGUGGAUAUAUUUUUUUUGUAAAUAUGGGUUAACAAAAUUAGUAGUGCGAUUCGUAACAAACAAAUAUCGUAUUUUUAGAGAUCUCGGAAAUGGUUUUAGGCAGAAUUUAUUUGUUCAUAGCAAUUAUUUAUUCAGGGUACUACUGUUCGGUGAACGAAAUGAAUUUUUCUCUUAGAUUAUGCGUUUUUUGAUUCAUUUUAAAAGUUUUUGAUACUGGAUUCACAAAUAAAUACUUCCUAGACCUGUUUGGUAGUUCAUCACCUUUAGUAGGUCGCUACUAGAUCAUUUAUUAGAAAGUUAUCUAACUUGUGUUUCAUUUUUAAGGAUCAGUAGAACAAUAUUUCGAAAUUCGCUUCGAAGAUUCGUUACAGAUAUUAUUUAAUUGCUUGACAUCUUUCUGAAAUAUCCCAACUAUAAAGUUUUGGUAGAGUUAGAUAAAAUUAUUAGCCUCAAUUGCUCUAGAGUAGCUCUAAAUGUUUAUACCAAACAAACCUUCUCAAACGACCAAAUUUUUUUCGAAGCUAUUCGCUCUGAUCAAUGGCUUUCACUAGGUGAAAAUUUCAUUUCAUUCAGCCGAACAGCGGGGAAACAAGAAUCAAACUGACAAACAGGCGGUAAAAUUAGACUUCCAAAAAUACUUGGAGUGUAUUGAAAUGUCUGAAACAAUAAAACAACAAAACCACUUCUCACACGAGAAAUGCGUAAAGAAGGUAACCACUAUUAAUCGUUUAAAAUGACUGUAUAAAAACACUAGCCAGUAAGUAGAUUCGUAUAUAUUUUAUAUAUUUAUGAGAUCAAACGACGAGAUGCUCCCUCGUGAACAUCUGCACUCUUCCAAGAAAUAACUUAAACCGAGAACUUGAAUGAAAUGAAAAUCACACACAAUCGAUCGAUAUCGGUAGGAAGGAAGAGACAAUUUCGUUCUAAAUUAAUCAACUCUAAAAUAGUUUGCUUUUCAAUUUAUGGUAUGCGCAUACUUUUCGAAACCUUCUAAGUGUCUAUACCCCAAUAUUAACAAACAAAAAAUCAAGCUGUGACGCGUCAUCCGGAAGGACAUACGAGCAGCGGAAACAGACAGGAGUGAUGUGUAAAUUAUAUUAUAGAAGAAUGUUUUCGGGGCACAUUAGUGCUUUCUGAGCACAAAGGAGAUCGACGCCUUUGUAAAUGUAAUCUAGCAUUAUUAUUGGCAAACAGAUUUACGGUGAAUCGAUUUAAGAAACCGGAACUGUUUAAUCAAACACACACACACACAAGUAUUUUUCUUUCUUAUAGAAUCACACUCUCGUUGGUUUAGGGACUCAGACUCCCGGAAGUUGAUGUUUCACUACAUAUAUUUUCGCGUUAACACUGAACCCGCGAACAUAUAUCUACCAUGAUUAGUUACUCCUCCAGCAUCUUAAUAUAAUUAAUUAAAAUUAACGUACGUGUAAUAGGUCAGAACUACUAAAUCCUUUAUUUUAAACUGUUUGCAUUCUCAUAAGAAAUGAAGAACUAGCAGCAACAACACACAUAGAACAAAUUAUAGCUAUUAGCUGGAACUCUGUUGAUUUGAGUUCGUACCUAUUAAUGACCGAAUAUUAUUCCCGUUUGAUUUAUCUAGUGUUGUGUAUCCCAAACGGAACGACGAUAUUUUGUUUUAACAUGAGCGAAAGAAAACAUUUUACAAGCCAAUAACAAACCGAAGUCAAAAGGCAUUUUUCUGGAAAAAGUGGAAGAUAAAAGGUUUGCUUCCCACUCCCACUUUUGUGUACAAUUGUUGCCCAAACUUAUUUAAAACAAAAGAAAGAAAAAAAAACAUUAACAGAUUGUGUGACUGUGUGAGCAUGCUCUUGUGGUAAAAAUGGAAAAAAGUGCGAUAUUGAACAAAAUCUAAAAUACAAAAAAGAACAGUAUAUAAAUAGAGGAAAGGUAUAUUAAUUAUAUAUAUUAAAAACAAAAACUAUAUCUAUAAUUGAGGAAUAACAAAUAAAAAAAACAAAUAAAACCAUUAUAUAUAGAAUGAAUAAAGGGCAACAAACAAACACACACACAAACAGAAUCAUUGAUCUUAUAAAAGUGAAGCAAAAGGAAAACACACAUAUUUAAUUAUGUAUUAGUAAUAAUAUAACGGUUUAAAUAUAAAGUAUAAACAACAGCAAGAACAACAACAGUGGAAAACAGAAAAAGAUCAGCAAACACAAUUAAAGAAUAAAGUAUAAACUAGUGAUGAUAAAUAUACGAAUAAACAAAAAUAUUGAAAAAAAAUGAA